AUGGUGUUCGUUGUGAAAACUCAUCUGAUGAUCAUAUUCUUCGAGAUGCUAACUAAAACAUUCGCUCCAAUUACUAAUCUUUUCAGUCAAGUCACUAUAUUCUGUUUACACCUCUUGCGUGUACUAAGGGCAAAGAUGAGUAUUGCCCAUGAAAAGGAACUACACAUUAAUGAAAACGGUGUGUACCCUGUUGUCAAAAAGCUACCAUCUCCUCUCUGCUGUUUUAAAGUCAUGCAUAUCAGGACCGGAGCGCUAUGGAUUGCCUACUGUGAAAUUAUGUGGAUAGUGUCUCAGUGCUCAUUUUGGACAGCUGAAAGCGUAGUGAGGGAAGCGUUCCCUCCCUAUGUUAUAAUAGCGGGUUUUGCGUUUACCUGCAUUCAACUAGUUCUGGUAUUCUUCUUAAUUCAAGGAGUUCGAACAUUCCGUUUGGCAUAUAUUGAAGUCUAUAUGAUAGGUGUCUGUUGUCGAAUGUUUAUGUUUCUCUCAUUCUUCCUGACAUUAUUGUUUUUCUUUGUUAUAACAGAUGACGAAGACCAAGAAACAUCGGAUCAAUUCUUCCACCGCUUCCUGAUUCUAAAAAUGAUAUUCACAUGCGUCUACACUCUUCUCAAAGCCUAUGCACUAUACACUGCGUACCGAUUGACCCCAUUGAUUUCAGCCAUGUGCAACGUCUCGACAGCAGUCAUAAUACUCUUCGCUCUAUGCUUUCAUCAAACCAUGAGUGCCGGCUUUAUGGAUGCCGAAUCUGCGAUCCAACUGCCACGUCGGAGCGCCGAGAUGUACUGGGUAAACCGUGCAAUGCCAAACAAGUACCGGAAAUACCGCACCUACAGUGUUCUCCAGUCAAUGGCGCCGGAGGAUAAGAAGCGCUACAGUGAACAGCUGAAGCUGCGUCUUGCUCAACUCACCCAACACUGA